CUCCCGCGCGCACAAGCCAGGGCUCAGAGCACCGGAGGGGAGCACCACGUCCCCAUGCCGGCUCACGGCGGCGGGCGGGCGGGCACCGGAGACACGCUGGAGAGGCAGCUGAACGGCUUCGUUCGCGCGGUUGCGUUGAUGGAGCGGCUGGGCAACGCCCUCGGCACGCUCGCGUUCACCUGGGCGACCGUCGUCCUGCUGGGGGGCUACCCCACGGUGCUCCGCCAAGGCAGCGACUUUUGGUUCGCAACCACCAUAGUCUUUCUAGAAGCCUCAAGGAUGUUCAGCCGCAAUAACAAAUUGGAUUACCAAUUGUUCUUUUACACAAGAGGCGCUUUUAAGCCUCUUGGAUGGAAUGGGCUGACUGUGGCAGCGCUAGUUACACUUGCACUACUCCGGUUUGUGUCCCCAGUACUUGCAAGGUUACUCAUCAGAGCCAAUCUGUUACGCCGUGCCAUAUCGUUAUUGAGCCCCUUCAUUCCAAUUUUAUUUCUCGGCCUCAUUCUACACCGUGUAAUCACUAAUCAAGGAAUUGGCACUUCUCCUCAGAAAAAGAACAAAGGAAUUGGCACCAGUCAAAUGGCCGAAUUGGUAGCGUUCGUGCUACUGUUUCUGGUUCUGCUCCUUUUGACGAUCAGUAGGCUGCGGUUUUCAAGUAUCAUCAAACUAGUUGAUCGUGCUCUAGGCAGCAAGCAAGAGUUUUGGCAUCGAAUCAUUCUGAACUCGUGCAUGCUUACUACAGGAGUGAUAUUGGCGUUUGCGUCGUUUGGCCCUUCUUCUUUUGCCAUUACUUUCGUAAUUCAAUUAUUAUUUGCUGUAGCGACAGUGUGCUUGGGCAAUUUGCAGAUUCCAGCAGCAAUUGUGCGCGUGGUGCUCGCACUAAUACGUCUUAUACCACAUGACUACUAUGGUGAUAAUGUCAGGAAGAUUGACAAAAGUGACCCUGGGAAUGGGGGCAAGAUAAACCUUGCACCAUCCCUAAAUAUAUUCUACGGGAUGGUGCUUGGUCAAGGAACACUCUACAGUGCGGCCUGCAUACUCGAGUUGUUUUCUUUCAUCCCUCGAAGAUCCCUUGCUCGUCGUGGUGGCUUUGGAGGGCGGUGGGGAGUAGAGUCUGUCAACCUUUACUACGCAUAUGCCUUUGAGAAAUACAUGCAAGGGGAUGUGCUUGCUCCAAAGAACAUCAACCUCAACGACUUUGCUGUCGAUUCAAUAAACUCAGAAACGCCUAAGGUGCAGUUUCAUGGGAUUCGAAUGAUGCACUGUCUUCUGCAGAAGCAGCCAACUAGGAGAAGGUUCAUUCUGAAACUCAACAGAUCUAUGGAAACGAUGGCCAGGUUAAUCAACAUGCUAGUCUGGACAAUCCCAGAGGAUACAAUUGUUAGACUGUUUGCUGCAAAAGUCACCGCUGAGCUUGCAACAAGUAUCCGAGUUGUAACUAUACCAGGGACAAUUCAGGUUGUAUCAGCGCUUCUGGGAUGCGGAAACCAACAGAAAAGAGGAAACCCACUAUUGGACAGCAAAGUUGGCCAUGAGAAAAUACAUGAUUCAGUUCCGGAUGCCGACAAUAACCAAGAGGAAAGACUUGAUGCAGUUCCAGACAUUGGCAGCCAGAUGGAAACACAAGACCGCUCAACCCAAGGGACUACCGAACAAAAGUCCAGGAUAUUCAGAUGUUGUCAAGUGAUCUCCAAGUUAUGGUCAAUUCCUCAGGAGGAACCAUUGACAGAGCAAGAUCUUCUACCUGCACUAGCCAUGUUAAUUCUCGAUGGCCUUGCUAGCUUUGAUGAAGAAAAUUGUACGGAAAUCAGCAGGGCAAGCAGCCUCAUCCCCAAGAUCAUAGCAUUCACAAGCUGCAGAACAAGUGGGACCACAUAUACGGACGCACAACGGAAGGUCCUAGUGAAGUCAUCAGUGAAGUUGUUGCACAGGCUCACCAGUGUUGAAGGGGAAAUUGGCAUAACGUUGCGGUACAAGGUAUCUAAAUAUCCCUUUCUACUGAGAAACCUUGCGGAGAUCCUGGGAGACGGUACGAGCAGCCAAGAAGUAAGAACGUUGGCGGAAGGAAUCAUCAGAAACCUUGCCAUUGAUGAGAACACAAGGCAAGUGAUUGGGCGCAUCCAAGUGAUUAUUACCUUGUUGAUGCAGGCAUUUCUCAAACCAGACAGACCCUCCAGUAUGGAUGCUGAUAAGUUGCUAAGGGAGGUGGCCGGGCAGGCACUGGCAAUGUUGGCAAUGGACAAUGUCAACAAUUGUCUAGCCAUGUUAGGGGAAGCAGGGCAUGAGUUCAUUGAGGUACUCACAAGUAUGAUCCAUAUGGAUAGGUACAGAUGCGUGGCAGCAAGUCUGUUGCGGAAUAUUUGCCAGCACGCUCGACCUGAGCUUAAAGAGCCGGACCUGAAGGAACUAUCUUAUUGCUUGAGACAGGCGUUGGAAAUAAUAUUGGUUGCAGACGAGGAGGCAGAACUAGAGAUUUUCAUUGGCCUUAGUUCACAGAUAUGCAAAGUCAUUCCAGGAGACUUCGCCCGAGAACUUGAAGACGGCCAUCUCAAGGACAGAUUCGUGAAGCGGCUCGUAGACGCCCUGAACGCAAACAUGGAACCCAGCGCUCACUGCCCCGGGAUCAGGAGGGUGAUACUCGAGCAAGCCAUAAACAUGAUGGAACAUGACUCUCGCUACGCGAGGUGCUUCAUCGACCGCCGCAUGGAGGAAGCACUGGCCAUGGUGGAAGAGACGGCCUCGGAGGCCGAGAACUACAGCCUCUUCCUAGGUGAUGUAGGGCUGAUGGAGGCCCGCGUGCCUUUGUCCUCCCUCGUGACGACCGCCGAACAGCUGCUGGCCGUCCGUCGAAGCUAACAAGUACCCUAUCUUGGAUACAGAUUGUAGCUGUGUUGUGUUGUGGUUAGAGGUGGUAAUGGGUCAUGAUUUUUUCACAAUUCAACUUGAUGCUUAAUAUUUUUAGUUUAAAAUUAAUAAAAUUAAAGUCUGAUCUUUUAAGGUCCGGCCUGUAGAUUAUCUAGUCUAAAAAUUAAGACCCUUUACCACUCCAAUUGUAGUCUAGAGUUGUUGGAGUGAAAGUGAGUACUGGAUCGGCGGAUCCCAUGUAUUCUUGUGCACUCCGAAGAGAUUCUCUUAUCGCUAUUAUAAUUAUUUGUGUGAUUAAUGGAU